UUUUCAUUGAAGGUCUACACUGAAAGCAGGAUCAUGUCAUUACUCCAUCGCAUUGGUGGAAAUGGUGGUAGCGGGUUUAAUUUGGACGGUACCCGCACUGGGGGCACGCUCAAAAAGAUGUGGGUGUGGGUCGGGGGCUGGCAGAUAAAGGGCAUCAGGGUGUGGCUUACUGAUGGUCAGUCCAUAGAGUGUGGACAGCGCAGGGGGAAUUAUUCAGAAUUUGUCUUUCAAAGUGGAGAAUAUUUCUCUGAUCUCUCAUUGUGGGGAAAUGGAGCUGGAACACGCCUGGGUGCCAUCAAAUUCAAGACCAAUAAAUCCCGCACGUUCUUUGUAAAGAUGACAGACUGGGGACUGAAAACAGAAUACCCAAUCAGCAUUGGUUCUGGGAUCUGUGUGGGAGUGUCAGGGAAGUCAGGUCACGACAUCGAUUGCCUGGGUUUCAGAUUCAUCAACACCAUCCAGUCAACUAUCCUAACAAAUGUGGACUAUCCCACUUUUAAGAUGGAAAAACUCAAUGUGUCCAUUGAGGAGAUCAAAUCCAUGACUUACCACAACGACUCUACCGUCAAUCAAGAAUACAAAACGGAUACUGAAAAGACCAUCAUCGAGACGUCUUCCUGGACAGUGACCAACAGCAUGGAAAACACCUUCAGCAUAGACGUUAAGGCAGGAAUUCCUGGGAUUGUGGAAGUUGGAACUGGCUACAGUAUAAAAGAAGGAAGCGAAACUUCACGCAGUUUACAGAGCUCAGUGUCCAGAACUGAGAAGCUGAGUUUUCCUGUCAGAGUUCCAGCAGGAAAAUCGGUGGAGGUUGAUAUCACAAUCGGUCGAGCCACGUUCAACCUGCCCUACACCGGCGUGGUGCGAAUUACAUGCUACGAUGGCACGGUUAUGCACUUUCAAACCAGUGGAACCUACAGGGGCGUCACUUACACUGAAUUAAAAGCCAACGUGAAAGAAAGACCAAUAAAAAUAUAACUCCAAUAAGCAGCUUAUCUCAAUCCUUAUCUCAAUCUCCACAAAAAAGGCUGCACGCUCAAAAUGAGCUUGAGAUCAUUAGAUAAUUAGCUUAGCAUAGUGUAUACAUUUAACGCAAGUAAGAAGCAAUCAAACUUUUAAACUAAUUAAUCCACCCAUUCACUAGGACUCUCCCUAUCAGUUGUGUCAAUGCUAACAGCACUAGCAGCAUCAGGACAAGCGCAUGCCUCCUCUGAUACAAGCAAAGUCAGACUGCGCCUCUUUUUUAACUGUAGCCAAACAUUUUAGCAUCAUACUAUUUUCUGAGGAAAGUGCCAGAUUCCCAGGUUUUACACAUCAGCCAACAGGUGCCUGUGUGCAUCAGCAUCACACUUGAUCGUCACUCUUUUAUUCAGUUUUCAAACCUAACCCACCCAUUCACUAGGAAUUCCCCUAUCACUCAAGUCAUGCAAAUGAUGCUAAUAGAGUCAUGAUCCAUGUCCAUCAUUCUCUGCUUGUUGAAUUCUCUAAAUGUUAUUAAACAUUUUGUGCA